AUGGGUGCGGAGAAGUACAACAAGACUGUGAGAGUCGCCAUAAUAGGUGGAGGACCCGGAGGUCUUGGCGCUGCGCUUGAGCUGUCCCGCCUUUCCUUCGUUCACUGGGACUUGUAUGAGAAGAAACCCCAAAUCAGCGAGACAGGAGGUGGGAUUUCGUUACAGCCGCACACCUGGAGGUUACUUGAUUUGAACAACGUGUCUCAACACAUCAAUUGCGACGACUUCUUCAGACCUUCGGACGGACAAGUUGAGCAGAGACGAAACGGCAGGAGCGGAGACUUAAUUCGCGCUACAGAGUCCCUACUCGAUGUACCUCCCAAACAUCAGACCUGUCGUCUCACGCGAUCUAAGCUACAAGCUGCUUUGCUAAAAGGCGUCGAUCAAACCCGUGUUCAUGUCGGCAAGAGGCUUGACAGGCUCGAGCAAACUUCGAACGGCCGGAUUCUUUUGUUCUUCAAUGAUGGCCAUGAAGAUGAGGUCGAUCUCUUGAUUGGCGCUGAUGGCAUCAGAUCAUCCAUUCGAGAGGCCUGUUUUCCAGGCGAGACUCUACAUUACAGUGGACAGUGCGUAUAUCGCACGGUUAUUAGGAAAGCCGAUGCUCAACAGAUCAAGGGCAUACCGUGGGCCCCUGUCUUCUGGAAGCACAAGAGCGGCUUGUAUGUCUAUACAUGCCCACUAGGCAACGAUGACUUCGAGGUGACAGCACGCAUCCGCCAACCAAAGAAUGGAGAGGGCCAGGUCAGCUGGGGUCGACCUUACAAGUUUGAUAACCUUCUCCACGAAUUCACGGAUUUCUGCGAACCAGUUCAGCACAUCCUUCGCGUUGCUGCAAAAGGGGAGACACAGGAAUUUGCCUUACUUUCAGGGCCUCGUUCUCGUAGCAUGGCUUUCGGCGGCAAUAUUGCCCUCAUCGGAGACGCCGCUCACGCACUGUGCGGCAACUUUGGUGCGGGUGCAGGAUUUGCACUGGAGGAUGUGUACACGUUGACUGAAAGUCUAGCUUGGGCGUACCGCUCAGAUAUACCCAUAGCCGACGCACUCAGUUUGUACAACUCCAUCAGGUCACCCUAUUAUAAGCGACUUUACGCGACCAUGGACAAGUUUGCAGCUAUCAAAAGUGCCUUGAAAGACAGCCGCUUACCUAUCGAUGAGGAAAUCGAAGCGCGGAUAACAAGGAUAGCAAAUGCUUCAGAGUCGUGGAUGUACUAUCAUGAUAUCGUUGGAGCAGUCGCGAAAGCAAUUUACAAUGCAGACGGGUCAAUCACGACUUCUUCAACAGUCAAUGUGCCAAAAGGACUGUAA